AUGACGGACGAACAAGAAAUCAUGUGUAAACUGGAGAGUAUCCUGGAAAUACGAAACAAGACCGUGCAGAUGCAGAAGAUCAAGGCUCGUCUGAAGAUCGAGUUUGAAUCACUCGAGUCAGAAGAGAAACAUUUAAAAGAAUACAAACAAGAAAUGGACCUCCUUUUGCAAGAAAAGAUGGCACACGUGGAGGAACUUAGACUCAUUCACGCCGACAUCAACGUGAUGGAGAGCACCAUUAAACAGUCGGAGAACGAUCUGAACAAGUUACUUGAAACGACUCGCCGCCUUCACGACGAGUACAAGCCGUUGAAAGAGCACGUGGACGCCCUGAGAAUGACUCUGGGGCUGCACAGACUUCCCAACCUCAACGAAGAGGAGGAGAAGCUUUCCCUGGACUACUUUGAAAAGCAAAAGGCAGAAUGGCAGAAGGAGCCGCACGAGCCCGCCAUCCCAGAAUCCCUCGCAGCAGCAGCGGCCGCAGCGCAACAGCUCCAGGUCUCAAGGAAGCAAGACGCCCGCCAGACGGCUACAUUCAGACAGCAGCCUCCGCCAAUGAAGGCGUGCUUAUCGUGCCAUCAGCAGAUCCACCGCAACGCACCCAUUUGCCCGUUAUGCAAGGCCAAGAGCCGCUCUCGCAACCCAAAGAAGCCCAAGAGGAAGCCGGACGAAUCUGAGACCAGCCAGGCCAUCUGGUUUGGGGAAAAAUGUGUUGCGUUUUCAGAGCGUGGCUGGGCUGCACGCACUUUAAAGACGGUGGUGUGGGUUUGGCAGAGAACAGCUGAGUGUGUGGAGACUGCACUAAUGCCCUGUGCAAGUCCGACAGCUGACAGCAUCUUCUGCAGCGCCAGUCUGGGAGGACCGGCGAUAAAACACAUCAGAGACAAAGGUGAAGAAGAGCGUCCCAAAGAGAGAUAUAGGAAAUAA